UGGGAGGGCAGAGAAGUAGGUCCCUUCCUCAUUGCAGUAAUGUCCCCCAAUUCAUCGCAGGGCGCAAAACCACCAAAAUCUGCCAGGAUUGUUUGAUCGUCGGAGGAUUGUCUGAUCUGUAGGCUCCGAAGGUACAGAAUCCGGAGAGUAUCUUAUUCCGUGAGCAUGAGCCUCUUAGUCCUGCCAGUGGUGUUAUGCUUACUCUGCACAGUACCUAGGCCAGUUUCUGCCGAUCUGGGAACUGCAACUUCAUACGGCCCUCCUUAUAUACCUACAAGAUGCUUUGGGAGGAGGCCUGACCAGUUCCCUCCGCAGUACUUUUUUGUGGCCGUGAGUGAAGGAUUGUGGGACGGUGGUUCUGCGUGCGGAAGGGUCUAUAAAAUUAAAUGCCUCAGUGGACUUAAUAUGCCCUGCAAGGUUGGUGAGACUGUCGAGGUGAUGGUGGUGGACUUUUGCCGGAAAUCUCCUUGCCCUUCCACCAUAGCCAUGUCAACCUAUGCUUUUGCAGCCAUCUCUCACAAUUCUUCUGCACCAAUCAACAUCGAAUAUCUCCAGAUAUGAGACUGUACAGCAUCAUCGAAGACAUGUUCACAUACACCAAAGGUGGAAGCGUUGAAAUGAUUACGAAGAGCAAUACACAGUGCAGUGCAGUCACAUUUUCUCUUUGAAAUGUUUUGUAUUCUGAAUUGUAAAAGUUCCUGCAGACGGGAUUGAACCCUGUUGAAUGACACAGUUCGAGGCACAACCUUCAUAAGCCUCCUCUGCUCCAUUGUACUUGUCAAUAAAGUCCUUUCUUGGCAAAAUUAAUGAGAUGUUUUGUCUGUGUUUAUGAA